GACUCGGAGCGUUGGGCUCUGAGGGGCUCUCCCACUUGCUCGCGCUCUCGCUGGGCCGCUCACCCCUGCCCCGACCCGGACGCGCCUCUCCUGCUCCCAGUGCCGCCGGGUUGGCAGCCAGCAGCGCUUUGAGCGCUGAACCCGCGCUGCGCGCCCGCGGGACGACCCUGCGGAGCGUUGUGCCUCGGCUCCCGGGCUGCCUUCGCUGCGCGGGCCACACAGUCUCACGGUGGAGAAUGCAUGCCUGACUACAUAGCAGUCUGCUGCCCGCUAAGGGGCAUCCUGUGGGUGGGAGCCACAAGCGCCGUUCCUCCUCCCCAGGUGGAUUUCCUGCGUUCCUGCGGAUGAGACCAUGGGGGAUGUGAAGCUGGCUGCCCAGACACACGUUUCCAAAACCUCACUCACUGUGGAUCACUCGAGAGUCAGCUCCAUGCCCCUGACUGAGGCCCCUGCUUUCACUUUGCCCCCUCGGAACCUCUGCAUCAAGGAAGGAGCCACCGCCAAGUUUGAAGGGAGGGUUCGGGGCUACCCAGAGCCCCAAGUGACAUGGCACAGAAACGGACAAGCCAUCACCAGUGGGGGCCGCUUCCUGCUGGACUGUGGUCCCCGGGGGACUUUCAGCCUUUCGAUUCAUGCUGUGUGUGAAGAGGACAAGGGAAAGUAUACCUGCGAAGCCACUAAUGGUAGUGGUGCCCGCCAGGUGACAGUGGAGUUAACAGUAGAAGGGAGCUUUGUGAAGAAGCCUGGUCAGCCUGUUGUUUCCAAAGCCUUGGGGGACAGAUUUGCACCCCCUGCCAUGGAGACCCGUCCUAGCAUCUGGGGAGAAUGUCCACCAAAAUUUGCUACCAAGCUGGGCCGAGCAGUGGUCAGAGAAGGACAGAUGGGGCGGUUCUCCUGCAAGAUCACUGGCCGGCCCCAGCCACAGGUCACCUGGCUCAAGGGAGAUGUUCCCCUGCAGCCCAGUGCUCGUGUGUCUAUGUCCGAGAAGAAUGGGAUGCAAGUCCUGGAAAUCCACGAUGUCACCCGAGAUGACGUGGGAGUAUACACGUGCAUGGUGGUGAACGGGUCAGGGAAGGCCUCCAUGUCUGCUGAGCUUUCCAUCCAAGGUUUGGACAAUUCCAAUAGGUCACUCGUGAGAGGAACAAAGGUGGCCAGUACGGACAUCAGGAAGGAAGUGACCAAUGGAGUCACUCAGGGGUCCAAACCAGAUACCCUGGAUGCUGCUGCUGAGAGUAAGAACCGCCCCAGCACCCAGCGAGGCGGCUCCCCAACCUGGGCCACAGGGAGCCAGCCUCAACUCCCCAGGGAAUCUGAGCUGGAGCCGCUGGGGGACUCCCUCAGAAAGGGCCAGAGGGCCCCUGUCCUGCAGAAGACCUCCAGCACCAUCACCCUGCAGGCAGCAAAAGUCCAGCUGGAGCCCAGAGCGCCAGUCCCAGGCACCCCCUGUCCUUCCAGAGAAGAGAUGGAGGGGCCAGCUGCGGCCCCUCCAGACACCCUCCCCACCAGGCGGUCAGGCCUGGGAAGCCAGGACACCACAGGCAAGGUUGCUACCAGGAAGGUCCCCAUGGAGAGCCAGAGGGACACCACGUUUCCCAAAUUUGAGAACAAGCCCCAGAGCCAGGAGGUCAAUGAAGAUGAGCCAGUCGAGUUCAGAUGCAAGGUUUCAGGGAUCCCAAAACCUGAAGUGACCUGGUUCCUGGACGGUGUCCCCGUGAGGAGUCGGGAGGGCAGCAUCGAGGUUUACGAAGCUGGGGGGACCCAUUACCUCUGCCUGUGGAGAGCCCGGGCCCGGGACAGCGGGAGCUACAGCUGUACAGCCACCAACGUCCGAGGCCAGGUGUCCUGUUGCUGGACCCUCCUGGUGAAAAAGCCAGCCGUGGUGGAGGUGGCCCCGUCAUUCUCCAGUGCCCUGCAGGACUGCACCGUCGUUGAGGGUCAGGACUUUGUGCUGCGAUGUUCAGUGCAGGGGACCCCACUGCCUCGAAUCACUUGGCUGCUCAAUGGACAGCCCAUCCAGUACGCCCACUCCACCUGCGAGGCUGGCGUGGCCGAGCUCCACAUCCAGGACACCCUCCCAGAGGAUGAUGGCACCUACACCUGUCUGGCUGAGAACACCGCAGGGCAGGUGUCCUGCAGCGCCCGCGUCACUGUCCAGGAGAAGAAGAAUGAGGAGAAGAGCGAGUACCUCCUGCCUGCGGCCCCCAACAAACCCGUCGCACCCCUCUUCCUGCAGGGCCUCUCUGAUCUCCAAGUCAUGGAUGGGAGCCAGGUCACCAUGACAGUCCAGGUGUCAGGGAACCCGCCCCCGGAGGUCAUCUGGCUUCACGACGGGACUGAGAUCCAGGAGUCCGAGGACUUCCACUUUGAACAGCGAGGCACUCAGCACAGCCUGUGUAUCCAGGAAGUGUUCCCGGAGGACACGGGCACUUACACCUGUGAGGCCUGGAACAGCGCAGGAGAGGUCCGCACACAGGCCGUGCUCACCGUGCAAGAGCCGCAGGAUGGCACCCAGCCCUGGUUCAUCAGCAAGCCCCGCUCGGUGACUGCCUGCCUGGGCCAGAGUGUCCUUAUCUCCUGUGCCAUAGCCGGCGACCCCUUCCCCACUGUGCACUGGCGUCGAGAUGGCAAAGCCCUCUCCAGGGACACUGGCCACUUCGAGGUGCUACAGAAUGAGGAUGUGUUCACCCUGGUUCUGAAAAACGUGCAGCCCUGGCACGCUGGCCAGUAUGAGAUCCUGCUCAAGAACCGUGUUGGCCAAUGCAGUUGCCAGGUGUCCCUGAUGCUACAGAGCAGCCCGGCCAGAGCGGUCCUGCGGGGGAGGGAGCCUGCCAGCUGCGAGGGCCUCUGUGGCCGAGGAGCUGGUGCUGAUGGUGGUGGUGGUGGUGACGGCUACGGGAGCCUGAGGCCUGGCUGGCCAGUGGCGAGAGGGCAGGGUGCCCCUGCGGAAGACGACGGCGAGGACGUGCGUGGGGUGCUCAAGAGGCGCGUGGAGACGCGGCAGCACACGGAGGAGGCCGUUCGCCAGCAGGAGGUGGAGCAGCUGGACUUCCGCGACCUCCUGGGCAAGAAGGUGAGCACCAAGACCUUGUCUGAAGAGGACCUGAAGGAGAUCCCAGCCGAGCAGCUGGACUUCCGCGACCUCCUGGGCAAGAAGGUGAGUACAAAGACCUUGUCUGAAGAGGACCUGAAGGAGAUCCCAGCUGAGCAGAUGGAUUUCCGCGCCAACCUGCAGCGGCAAGUGAAGCCGAAGACCCUGUCGGAGGAGGAGAGGAAAGUGCAUGGCCCCCAACAGGUGGACUUCCGCUCUGUCCUGGCCAAGAAGGGGACUCCCAAGACCCCUGUGCCUGAGAAGGUACCCCCUCCAAAACCGGCCACCCCAGAUUUUCGCUCAGUGUUGGGCAGUAAGAAAAAAUUACCAACAGAGAAUGGUAGCAAUAACACUGAGGCCUUGAAUGCCAAGGCAGCAGAAGGUCCCAAGCCUGUGGGCAAUGCCCAGCCUUCAGGGUUCCUGAAACCCGUGGGCAACACCAAGCUGGCUGAUACCCCCAAACCCUUGAGCAGCACCAAGCCAGCAGAGACCCCCAAACCCUUGGGUAAUGUCAAACCAGCUGAGACCCCCAAACCCUUGGGCAGCACCAAGCCAGCAGAAACCCCCAAACCCUUGGGUAAUGUCAAACCAGCUGAGGCCCCCAAACCCUUGGGUAAUGUCAAACCAGCUGAGACCCCCAAACCCUUGAGCAGCACCAAGCCAGCAGAGACCCCCAAACCCUUGGGUAAUGUCAAACCAGCUGAGACCCCCAAACCCUUGAGCAGCACCAAGCCAGCAGAGACCCCCAAACCCUUGGGUAAUGUCAAACCAGCUGAGACCCCCAAACCCUUGGGCAGCACCAAGCCAGCAGAGACCCCAAAACCCUUGGGUAACAUCAAGCCAGCUGAGACCCCCAAACCCUUGGGUAACAUCAAGCCAACUGAGACCCCCAAACCCUUGGGUAAUGUCAAGCCAGCUGAGACCCCCAAACCCUUGGGUAACAUCAAGCCAACUGAGACCCCCAAACCCUUGGGUAAUGUCAAGCCAGCCGAGACCCCCAAACCCUUGGGUAACGUCAAGCCAGCUGAGACCCCCAAACCCUUGGGUAACGUCAAGCCAGCCGAGACCCCCAAACCCUUGGGUACUAUCAAGCCAGCUGAGACCCCCAAACCCUUGGGUAAUGUCAAGCCAGCUGAGAUCCCUAAACCUAUGGGCAACGCCAAGCCAGCUGAAACCCUCAAACCUGUGGGCAACGCCAAGCCAGCCGAGACCCCCAAACCCUUGAGUAACGUCAAGCCAGCUGAAACCCCCAAACUUGUGGGCAACGCCAAGCCAGCUGAGACCUCUAAACCGUUGGAUAACGCCAAGCCAGCUGAGGCCCCCAAACCCUUGGGCAAUGCCAAGCCGGCUGAAAUCCCAAAACCCACUGGGAAAGAAGAACUUAAGAAGGAGAUUAAGAAUGAUGUGAACUGCAAGAAGGGCCAUGCAGGGGCCACAGAUAGUGAAAAGAGACCAGAGAGCCGAGGGACAGCCCCAACCUUCGAGGAGAAACUACAAGAUCUCCAUGUGGCAGAGGGUCAGAAGCUGCUGCUCCAGUGCCGGGUGUCCUCUGACCCCCCGGCCGCCAUCACUUGGACACUGAAUGGAAAGACGCUCAAGACCACCAAGUUCAUCGUCCUCUCCCAAGAAGGCUCCUUGUGCUCCGUCUCCAUCGAGAAGGCACUGCCCGAGGACAGAGGCUUAUACAAGUGUGUAGCCAAGAACAGUGCCGGCCAGGCUGAGUCCUCCUGCCAAGUCACCGUGGACGUUCCAGAUGCCCCCGCCAGUGAAAAUGCCAAGGCCCCGGAGAUGAAAGCCCGGAGGCCGAAGAGCUCUCUUCCUCCAGUGCUAGGAACAGAAAGUGACGCAACUGUGAAAAAGAAACCUGCCCCCAAGACACCUCCGAAGGCAGCCAUGCCACCUCAGAUCAUCCAGUUUCCUGAGGACCAGAAGGUGCGAGCAGGAGAGUCUGUGGAGCUCUUUGGUAAGGUGGCUGGCACCCAGCCCAUCACCUGCACCUGGAUGAAGUUCCGAAAGCAGAUCCAGGACAGCGAGCACAUCAAGGUGGAGAACAGCGAGCAGGGCAGCAAGCUCACCAUCCGGGCAGCGCGCCAGGAGCACUGUGGCUGCUACACCCUGCUGGUGGAGAACAAACUGGGCAGCAGGCAGGCCCAGGUCAACCUCACCGUGGUGGACAAGCCAGACCCCCCAGCCGGUACACCUUGUGCCUCUGACAUCCGAAGCUCCUCGCUGACCUUGUCCUGGUAUGGCUCCUCAUAUGAUGGGGGCAGCGCUGUACAGUCAUACAGUGUCGAGAUCUGGGACUCAGUGGACAAGACGUGGAAGGAACUAGCCACGUGCCGCAGCACUUCUUUCAACGUCCAGGACCUGCUGCCUGACCGAGAAUAUAAGUUCCGUGUGCGUGCAAUCAAUGUCUAUGGAACCAGUGAGCCAAGCCAGGAGUCUGAACUCACAGCCUUGGGAGAGAAACCUGAAGAAGAGCCGAAGGACGAAGUGGAGGUGUCAGAUGACGAUGAGAAGGAGCCUGAGGUCGACUACCGGACCGUCACGGUCAAUACCGAGCAGAAAGUGUCCGACUUCUACGACAUCGAAGAGAGACUAGGAUCUGGGAAAUUUGGACAGGUCUUUCGACUUGUAGAAAAGAAAACUGGAAAAAUCUGGGCAGGGAAAUUCUUCAAGGCGUAUUCGGCCAAGGAGAAAGAGAACAUCCGGCAGGAGAUCAGCAUCAUGAACUGCCUGCACCACCCCAAGCUGGUCCAGUGUGUGGACGCCUUCGAAGAGAAGGCCAACAUUGUCAUGGUCCUGGAGAUCGUGUCCGGGGGUGAGCUGUUCGAGCGCAUCAUUGAUGAGGACUUUGAGCUGACGGAGCGGGAGUGCAUCAAGUACAUGAAGCAGAUCUCAGAGGGGGUGGAGUACAUCCACAAGCAGGGCAUCGUCCACCUGGACCUCAAGCCCGAGAACAUCAUGUGUGUCAACAAGACAGGCACCAGGAUCAAGCUCAUCGACUUCGGUCUGGCCAGGAGGUUGGAGAAUGCAGGGUCUCUGAAGGUCCUCUUUGGCACCCCGGAGUUCGUCGCACCUGAAGUGAUCAACUAUGAGCCCAUUGGCUAUGCCACGGACAUGUGGAGCAUCGGGGUCAUCUGCUACAUCCUGGUCAGCGGACUGUCCCCCUUCAUGGGUGACAAUGACAACGAAACCUUAGCCAACGUUACCUCAGCCACCUGGGACUUUGACGACGAGGCCUUCGACGAGAUCUCCGAUGACGCCAAGGAUUUUAUCAGCAACUUGCUGAAGAAGGAUAUGAAAAACCGCCUGAACUGCACCCAGUGCCUUCAGCAUCCAUGGCUAAUGAAAGACACCAAGAACAUGGAGGCCAAGAAACUCUCCAAGGACCGGAUGAAGAAGUACAUGGCAAGAAGGAAAUGGCAGAAAACGGGCAAUGCUGUGAGAGCCAUCGGAAGACUGUCCUCUAUGGCAAUGAUCUCAGGGCUCAGUGGCAGGAAAUCCUCAACAGGGUCACCAACCAGCCCGCUCAAUGCAGAAAAACUAGAAUCUGAAGAAGAUGUCUCCCAAGCUUUCCUGGAGGCUGUCGCUGAGGAGAAGCCCCAUGUAAAACCCUACUUUUCCAAGACCAUUCGUGACUUAGAAGUUGUGGAGGGAAGUGCUGCUAGAUUUGACUGCAAGAUUGAAGGAUACCCGGACCCUGAAGUCGUCUGGUUCAAAGAUGACCAAUCAAUCCGGGAGUCCCGCCACUUCCAGAUAGACUACGACGAGGAUGGGAACUGCUCUUUAAUCAUUAGUGAUGUUUGCGGGGAUGAUGAUGCCAAGUACACCUGCAAGGCUGUCAACAGUCUUGGAGAAGCCACCUGCACAGCAGAGCUCAUCGUGGAAACCAUGGAGGAAGGAGAAGGAGAAGGGGGAGAAGAGGAGGAGGAAGAGUGAAACAAAGCCAGAGAGAAGCAGUUUCUAAGUCAUAUUACAAAGACUAUUUCUCUAAAGCUCAAAAAAAAAAAAAAAAAAAAAAAAAACCCGCAAGAUAGUAAAAGCACCCGGUGUGAUAGAUUAUUUAGUUAGGUUAUUUGGGGGUUGAUUCUUCAGCAACAGUGGUUGACACCCAGCAGCGUUAUUGAUGGGCAUUACUUUAAAUUAGCUGGCACCUUAAGAUACUAGUACAGCUAGAUUUCAUUUGGGGAAAUCACCAGUAACUUUCUGACUAACUGAUUUUAGAGAAAAAGUAAUCAAAAGGGAGCUUUAUCUGGGCAAAGUCAUAAAUUCCCCAACUGAAAGCACUCAUGAAAAAUAAGACCCUCUGGUCACAGCCAGCCCAAGGGUCCCUGGAUACGGGGACUCCCCAGCUCCUCCUCCAGGGAACUGGGUCUUCUCCAGGCCUGUGGCACUUCAUUCUGCAGGCAGUUGAGCCAUUUUAAUUUAUGAGGCACAUUAUUUGCAAAGUAUACCAUAGACAUUUGAACUUUUCAUUUCCGUCCCCUGUUCUACCUGCCAGUUUUUCUGGAUCUGGACUUGCCAUGAGUUUAAGCAUUAGGAACACUUCCUAGAUUCUGAAGACAUAUAUCCUGCUCUCAUGGAUGACUGGCUUCCUUAGAAAAAUAAAAUCUCCUUUCUUCCAAAAUCAGUAGAAAAUCUAAACUUAUCCCCUCUGAAGAUGUCUAGCAGCUUCAGACAUUUUUAUUAGAACCUAUGGGGAAAAAAAUCCUUGAUAAUGUGCUUUUUCCCCCUGAAACCAGGAUUCAUAUUUGUGCUAUUUAGAAUAUCAGCUCUGCAUGUGUGGUAAAGAUUUUUGUGUUUGAAUGUAUGAAAAAGCAGUUUGCUGAGAAGUUAGUCUUAAUUAUUUAUUGGCCACUAUGAAACAGAUUUCAACUGAAGAGCUAUAGAACUCCAAGUACUUUGGAAUCUCAGCCAGGAUAGUCUGAGUUUAAUAUACCUUCAUUUUUAAACAUGUUCCAAACAGCUCUGUCUACCUUCUGGGUUCUACAAGGUUCUUCUUCUUGGGUGUGCAUCAGUCAUGCCUUGCCCCCAACCUUGAAAUAUAUUCUUAACCCGAUACAUGCACUCAGACUUGCAUCUUUAGGAAUUUCUAACUUUCUUUCACUACAUUGGCACUUAAAUUUUUCUUCAUAAAACUUUUUGCAGGUCAUAAACAAAGACCAUAAACUGAUAUGCCUAAUACAUUUCCUCUGUGUGUGUGCAACAUUCCAAAUAUUUUUUUCUUUUCAUCCACUAUUUGUAAAGUGCAGCAGUUUAAUAUUUCAAGGGACUUUUAAAGAGUUCUGUAAGAACCAAUUUUAAAUUACUUCAGUGCAAUCCUACACAGCAUUAGAAUUUUGAUGUUACUUAGUCUUAUGUUAUCUUCCAUUCUAUUUUUAUCUGCUUCUUGCUGCUAGUUUCAAAUCGCCAGUAUUUUGCUUUUUAAGCAGUUACAAUAUUUUUCAUAAUAGCCACAGUAUUGCCACAGUUUAUUAUAAUAAAGCGUUUUAAAGUUGAUUUAGAGCAUUCAAAGCUUUUCUUCAUCACUUUUCAUUGUAUUUAGACUAUAACCUUCGUGUGCGUGUAUGUUGUAUACGUGUGCGCAUGUGUGGUGUGUCUUUUUGUUUGCAGGUUUUUUGAUGCCUUCUUGAAGUUGUGUUAAUGUUCUCCCAGUUUAUUAUGCCAUCGGAUGAGAACACUACAACUGUAGCUAGCUCACAGGUUUUAAAUAAAGGACACCACAGUGCA